GCGAACAGCCAGCGGGAGGCGGACCGGUUAUCAAAUGUAAAAAUGUCUGGGUCUGGAAGAAUGCAACUUGUGAUGCUGCAUAUGGAUUCCAAAAAAAUCUGUAUUGCAUGAGUACCAAAGGGAAUGUAAUUUUUGCUACGCGGAGAGGGCAUUUGUCAUGCGGAAUAGGCAUCAAGAAGCUCUCAAAAAAUCUGUGAUGCUAGGGCAUGCAUCACAGACAUCAGGGGUAAUGCAAAACGCGCAUGACAAGUGUCAGAAUCUUCCAGACCCGGACAUUUUUACAUUUGAUACCGGUGGUUGAAGCACAAUUCUCUGUCCCGGUGUAUCCUCCAUAUUGAGCAGGCCAAGGUAGCGGUAUCAGCGGACACGAGCAUCCAAAAUAAUUCCGGCGGUUCCUGCGCAGAUGACGGCGGGCAUAGAAGAGCGCAAGCGAGAGGAGGUAGUUCCGCCGUUGGCCAGUCGAGGCCGCAUCAACCACAGAGUUUUAUAACUCCUGUUGGGCGGUCGGAAGACCCGCGCAACGAACUUGCAGUGCGGCAGGGGACAGCCACGAACUUGGACGAAAUAGGGCUUCAAGUUGUCGGGAGGGCGACAUAGUAAGUAGCCCGUACGACGUCCUCAGUGUAGAGGAGCACGCAACUUGCGAAACAACAGAGAUUGUCGCGGAAUAGGUCGUGCAGGAACGAAGGAAACGUGGGGAGUCCGCAAGAACCACGGAGGUUGCGCGGAUGGUGCUAAUCGUAUAUUUCUGACGUAGUCAUGUUUUCGAGCGAAGUUUUCCCAUCUUUGAAUGGGUCGAGGCUCUCGAAUCAACAGUUUUUGGAACCGAUGAAGUGACGAUGUGCAUCUGCCACUGUUUUGAAGGCUCUCGUCCCUCUUUCCUGUUUUGGAGUCCGUCAACUGAAGCUUCUACCUCAUUAUCAUAACAAGCCAUUUUACUUUUUUUUUUCUGGCGGCAAGAAUUCUGAGCAGGCGCCUCGGUGGCCGUCGUAUUUGACGUAAAAAUCUUCUUUUUCUCUUUUUUUACAAAUCAAGCGCUUGUUUAGGGCUUUCUCACAUUUAAGUUCGAUAGAUUCUUCUACAUCAUCAUCGUCUACUACCACUUCUUAAAAGACAAUAAUCAUCAAUCAAUCGCUAGAAAACUUUACCACCUGUUCAUCGCUGACGCCGAUCGUGUGUAUUCUGAGAACUUUCAGCCCGGCCGCACCACAAAAAAGGAUAAUUUCGUAAAAAAAAAUGAACUGAACUCCACCGGGGUGAAUUGUGGAGGAACCAGCUUUUAUUUUCUUGUAAGAUCUUCCUUCUGCGAGUGGUAUCGCACUAAUGAAAAAAUUGGUGAGCAAAUACUCACCGUGAAUAGUUUAUCAAAGAAUACUGGUGUACAAGUCAUUCUUUUUGAAAUGAAUCAUCUGCAACUGCAUUUCUCAAGAAGAAGUAUAGCGAGGUGGGUUGUAAACAUAAAGGGAAAUGUGGUUGUCGUGUCUAUUUUCCUGUUUAGAACGCACCCUAUAAACGCUCGCAGGAGUAUCGGACAGGAUUUGCAAGCACUUGGUACAGCAUCAGACCGGGAGAAAGAAUCCCGUCUGUUCGAUCAGCGCGCGACCAAGGAGCACUACGUACGAUGGACAAGCAAGACAUCAUUGAUACGUAGGCUCUAGAACUGACCAGGAACAUUGUACAUGUAAAUUUGCGGGCGGCAACAAUCUUUUUCUGAAGCAAGCAUGAGCGGAGAGAAAAAGUAAUUACUCGGCAAUGAAUGCCAAGGACGAUGCGCACGUUGCUGGCAGCGAAGUCGAUAGCUUUAGCAUACCAUAGUGCUCGAAACAGGAGCAGAAUAGGUGAAGGGGUCUGAAGAUCGCAAGCGGCGUACAAAUACUUACUUUGACCCGUAUAAACGAGGCGCUUCUUUCGAGUGUUAUCUACAUGAAAACCAAAAGCAUGCAACCAUACACAGCUAGUAGCGCAGUGAGGACCUGUAAU